AUGUAUUUGUCCGUCAUCAUCAUAGCAAUAUUCGCAGCGGUUUUUCCUGCGUCAGUUCGUGGCCAUGGUAUGAUGAUGGACCCAGUGAAUCGCGCGAGUCGUUGGCGCAAAGGUUACGGAGGUCCAAAAGAAUACACUGACAACCAACUGAGCUGCGGUGGUAGAAACGUACAAUGGGGGAAACACAAGGGCAAAUGUGGCGUUUGUGGGGACGAAUAUGGGAUCGCGAACCCCAAGUUCCAUUAUCCCGGGGAGUUCGCAAAAAAUGCGCCGAUUGUGAGAAGCUACCAGGAAGGUCAAAAGAUUGAGGUUAAAAUAAGAAUCACGACAAAUCAUUUGGGUUAUUUCACGUUUCGUCUCGCCCCAUUGACACAACAGCCCAUCACACAAAAUGAGUUAAACAAGAUCUUACUGAGAAUGCCCGAUGGAAACGCGGAGUGGAAAUUGCCCCCUGGAAACGGGGUCUACACUAUCACCCUGCAGCUGCCCAAGGGAGUGACAUGUGAUCACUGCGUGAUGCAGUGGUGGUGGAGCACUGGCAAUAAUUGGAAACUAGAGGAAACUACUUUAUCUAAUAUUAGAGUUCCAUUCCGACAACGAGAUAUCUGUAGUUGA